GGGAGAGACGAUCAUCAGAUUAUUCCUCUCUCUCUCUCUCUCUCCGUCUCCGACAACUCCAUCGUGUCUAGCUUUUGACAAGAAUGGCGGACAAACCAAGCAGAGCACUUGUUUUGUACGGAGACGGCUUGGCUCGAUCCGUCGACCCGUCGAAUACUCACAUCCAUUCUCUCGCUUCCGUCGCUACUUGCGGCUUCUUGAGCCUCCCUCAUGCACCUCCAGAAUCUGAGAACGAAAGAAUAGUUCGAGAAUUCUCCCAUCUGCUUGAUGCAUCAGAAGCUUAUACUAUAGCUAGUGGAUUAAAAGCUAAGGGAAGUGAAGAUAAAAUCUCAACUUUGUCCGAAAGGUUUAUGGGACUCAAGGGUGCUUUAGUAACAGACAGUUCUUCUCUGACUUCUUUCGGGAAACUGAUUGGCUUAGAUGUAUUACAACUCAGUGAAAUAUGCCAAAAGAGUGAUGAUUCUUUUCCUUCUGAUGCCACAGCAACUGAGUUACUGAAACUGCUUGGAUUUGAAGGAGGAAAGUGCUUGGAUGUGACCCUAUUUGACUCGGUUUUUGUGCAUAUAGAUGGUGAUAAUGUUGGAAUGAUCGACUCUUUGAUUGGUAGUAUUAUGAGAAUGGCUCAGCCUGGCUCAGAGAUUGCACCUCGCUUGCAUAUCUCUGUUGUUCUCAGCUACGGUUUUGUCACAGACAAGGAUGUUUCAGUUUUUAAUGUCAAGACUUCACAAGAAGGUAUGAACCUGGCUUUUCAAGGACUAGUCCCGCGCCAGAGCUACACCAUGCGAGGUGAAAAGACACGAGAUGAUGUUCGGGACUACUGCCCUAUGUUGGUAGCUCAGUGGCAAGAUGCAGUGACCAGGAAAGACUUAGUUGAUACAUUAUCUUUCGAAGCUCUUAAAAAGCUCUCUGGAAAUCUAGUUAUACCGGCUGAUCGGUUCAUCCACGAAGUUGCUUUUAAACUUUGGAAGGCCCCAAAAUAUGGAGCUUAAACAAAACAAACGGUAUUUUUAUUGUAAUCAUCAUCUAAGCCCUGAUGAAUAACAUGCUCAACUUUACAUAAAAGUUCAGAAAUAAAGAUGUUAUGUUUCUUCUAAUUUUCUCAUCUUGUUAUCCAGUUUUAUACACACAAAAUAACAGAGAUUUAACCAUUGUUGGUCGUUGCUAUAUAUAUAUACUAUGGAUAGUUCC